AUGAGCAUUGACUUAAAAAAGAAGAUUUUCGCUAAAGAGAUUAAAGCCGUGGAGAAGUCGAAGGAGGUUUUUCCCGUAGCCGAUGACUUUCUAAGGCUGGCCAGAUUUUUCUUUCACUCUAUUGGUGUGGAACCCUACGAAUCGGACCAGGAGACGAGCUUGGGAUUUCGACUGUACCUUGUAUUCCACGUAAUCAACAUGUUCUUUAUUUAUAUCUUAAUGAUGGUGUUUGUGACGAGCUCCGUGGGUCCCAAUGCGGAUUUCCUCCAUAUUUCCAUGGUCGUGGGCUAUAUCACUUUCGGCAAUGUUGGUGUCUUAAAGAUAAUCGUUGUUCAGUUGCAAAAGCGAAAGUUGAGCAGCCUGGUGCGGCACAUGAAGUCGUUAUUUCCACCGCCAGUUGCCAAGAAUUCUGCUCCCUGGAACUGGCGCGAAAGUUGGAAAUUCUGGCCGGCUUAUUUGCUUCAGUCCAUAGCAGCUUACACCUGCACUUGCGGCUAUAUAUCCGCCGAUCUCAUGAUGUUCGCCGUGGUCAUCCAGGUCAUCAUGCAUUUCGAUAGAUUGGCUAAAGCUCUCAGGGAAUUCAAUGUUCGUAACAAUCGCGAUGCCAGUGGAGCUGAGGAGGAUUUAAGGGACUUAAGAUCUCUAAUCGCUUACCACAUCCAAGUACUAGAAAUCACGGACCUUAUGAACAAUGUCUUUGGGGUGGCAUUGCUCCUGAACUUUAUCAACUCCUCGCUGCUCGUUUGCAAUGUGGGAUUUCAGCUGACCGUUGGUUUUAGUUUGCUGUAUUUCGGAAGACAGGUGCUAAUCAUAGUCUCCGCUCUUGUGGAGAUCUACCUCAUCUGUUCCUUGAGCCAGAUGCUGAUCAAUGCGAGUAAUAACGUUAGCUUUGCUGUCUACGAAAUGAACUGGAUGGAGUGCGAUGCUCGAUUCCGGAAAAUGUUACUAUUUAUAGCUAUGCGGGCCCAGAAGCCCGUCUGUCUACAUGCCACUGUAUUUCUGGACAUAUCCAUGGAGACCAUGAGCUCCUUCAUGCAAGUGUCGUACAGGUUCUUUUGCGCCAUUCGAAUGAUGUAUCAGUAGAUGGAGUUUAAAGGGUAUCAUAAAUCAAAUUACAUCAUAAAACCUACUGAAAAGUGGAUAUAAGUCGAAAGUUUAGGUCAAAUGGUAAAUAGAUUUAAGUCGAUAGUGUAGCUCAAAAAGGUAAGAAAAAAGCUACUAAAACAAACGUAUAUAGUCAAAGUUUGGAUUCAAAUGUUAAAAUAAACAUAAAUUAAAACAAUGAAAGUAAUUCU